CCUACGUAAUUGUAAGUUUCUUUUACAACGCGCCCAAAAAGAAAUUGCCUCCAAAUAUCUCUCUCUCUCUCUCUCUCUAGAAUUUGCUCUUCCUAUUCGUCUUCAGGUCUCUGCCCAUGGGUUCUAACUCAGUUGCGGAUUUAAUAGAGGCCUCCUCAGGGGUUCAUUUUUCUGGAUUUCACAUGGAUUCUCUGGAGCAGGGAAUUAAAGAGAUGGAACUACCAACAACUUCUGCGACUGAAGAUUUGCAUAAACAGCCUUUUGUUAUUGGGGUUGGUGGGGGAGCGGCAUCUGGUAAGACAACAGUUUGUGAUUUGAUUAUCCAGCAGCUUCAUGAUCAACGUGUUGUACUAGUUAACCAGGAUUCCUUUUAUCAUACUUUGGCUGAGGAGGAACUUAGCCUAGUACAUGACUACAAUUUUGACCAUCCUGAUGCUUUUGACACCGAAAAACUGUUAUGUGUUAUGGAAAAGUUGAGGCAUGGGCAAGCAGUAGAUAUUCCAAACUACGAUUUCAAGAGUUACAAACACAAUGUGUUUCCAGCAAGAAGGGUAAACCCUUCAGAUGUUAUACUUUUGGAAGGCAUACUCGUUUUCCACGAUCCACGAGUCAGAGAUUUGAUGAAUAUGAAGAUAUUUGUCGAUACAGAUGCUGAUGUUCGUCUAGCAAGAAGGAUAAGGCGUGACACUGCUGAGAAGGGCAGGGAUAUUGGUGCAGUACUUGAUCAGUACUCCAAAUUUGUGAAGCCUGCUUUUGAUGACUUUAUCCUUCCUACAAAGAAGUACGCUGAUAUCAUUAUUCCCCGUGGGGGAGAUAAUCAUGUAGCCAUUGAUUUGAUUGUACAACAUAUUCGUACGAAGCUUGGUCAGCAUGAUCUCUGUAAAAUAUACCCUAAUUUAUAUGUCAUUCAUUCAACUUUUCAGAUACGGGGUAUGCAUACCCUUAUACGUGAUUCUCAAACAACGAAGCAUGACUUUAUUUUCUAUGCUGAUCGUUUAAUCCGUUUGGUUGUUGAACAUGGACUUGGACACCUUCCAUUUACCGAAAUGCAAGUGAUCACUCCAACUGGGUCCGUGUAUACUGGUGUGGAUUUCUGUAAGAGGUUAUGCGGUGUCUCUGUCAUCAGGAGUGGUGAGAGUAUGGAGAAUGCUUUGCGAGCAUGUUGUAAAGGUAUCAAGAUUGGGAAGAUUCUUAUUCAUAGAGAAGGUGAUAACGGCCAGCAGCUAAUCUAUGAAAAGUUGCCAACAGACAUCUCAGAAAGGCAUGUGUUACUGUUGGAUCCUAUCCUAGGGACAGGGAAUUCGGCUGUUCAAGCUAUCUCUCUACUUAUAAGGAAGGGUGUGCCUGAGUCCAACAUUAUAUUUCUCAAUCUCAUAUCAGCACCUCAGGGUGUACACAUGGUCUGCAAAAGCUUCCCAAGGAUAAAGAUUGUGACUUCUGAGAUUGAACUUGGUCUAAAUAAAGAUUUCCGUGUCAUACCUGGCAUGGGUGAGUUUGGAGACCGAUAUUUCGGAACGGAUGACGACGACCAGCUAAUGGUGGCCUCUUCAGAGUAGUUCCAUUAGUCUAAAUCCUCAUUUUCAGUUGAUCACGAGCAGGGAAUUUGGAGAGACAGCUGAAUUUGCUUAAUUGCUAUUGUCCACAUCUGGCAAUUGAGAACUUUUGAAACAAUUUUGACUCGGUUGAACUUAGAAAUUUAUCAUCCUUUUUACAUUUUAUUUUAUUUUAUUUUUCCUUUUAUAGAAACUCUUUGCACGCUAGGGGGGUGGUUGGUUGCAAAGCCAUUGGUUUCUAUAUUUUUUUAUCACAGCAUAAAAUGCGUCUCGGAUGGCAAGGCCUCCACAUGAUAUUUGUAUUUAUGAACCCGGACAUAAUUUUAUAUUACAAACAUUCUUUGUUCCGUCA